GGGGAGGGGAGUUCUGGGAAACGCGGGCGGAUCGCACCGAAAGUAAUGCCUCCCGUUUAUUUCCAUGAAAACUACAACAGAUAGAGUGAGCACAGUAACGGUAUUUGACAGAGCAGAUUCUCAGCCACAAGACACUACUUUCCAGCGCGGUCACCACCAUCAGCUAUGCAUUGUCACCCGUGAUGAACGAGAGCCCGCAUGCCACACUCAGAAGAAUCUGCACCAGUGGACGUGACCCACUGCUUCACAGUCACUAUGGCAAACAUCACUGCUAGGAAAAUGUUGCCCACACAGUCCGUCUUCCAUCGGCCCAAACAGAAGGCACCGAGUGCACUACAUGAUGGGUGUGGUACGAGAGCCCAGCCAAGAUCUGCAGUGUGCUCCACAGUCUUCUAAAUGGGAUGUGGCCUGCCAUUAUGGUGUUACAAGGGAAAGGUUGUCUUCUCUGGCCUGACUGGCAGUUCGAGCCUUCAGCUCAGUCAGAGGUCGGAGUUAAAGGUUUGUCCAAGUUCCAGGAAAUCCAGAAGGGUCGCCCCUUUCCUGUCCCAAAAGACAAUGCCCAUCUCUUUACCAGCUGAAGGCAGUGUCUUGAACAUUUUCUUUGAUGGAGAAUUCACAUGUCACUACUCCAUGGCCUGCCACCCCGUCUCUAGCUCGUAUUGGUGAUACUGCAUCUCAUCACAGAAUUGUAGGUGAUGAUGACGGAGGAAAGCUUUUUACCCCAGAGGAAUACGAGGUGUACAAAAGAAAGGUGCUGCCCAUCCGGCUGCAGAACCGUCUGUACGUCAGCUGGAGAUCCCCCACGGGCAUGGACUGCAAGCUGGUGGGACCAGAGACGUUGUGCUUCUGUACUCACCGGUAUAAACAACACAAAACAGACUACGAAGUGAUUCCCAAAGACCGUCCCAUCUGCGUGCCGUGCAGAGUGAGCCACUGUCCAUGCCAGUCCUACCACUACGUUCCUCUCAAUGGCACACAGCCUAUCCGCUGUAGGUGCAAACACUUUGCUGAUCAGCACAGUGCAGCACCUGGAUUUUCCUGCAACUCUUGUUCCACGUGUUCAGGAUUUCACAGUUGCUUUACCUGUGGCUGUGGUCAGCCAGCAUAUGCACAUGAAACAGUAGUGGAAACUAAACAAGAGCGGUUAGCCCAGGGAAGGCCAGUGGGGCAGGAUGUUCCCUAUGCUGCAAUGGGAGGACUGACUGGGUUCAGUUCACUGGCAGAAGGCUACAUGAGACUUGAUGACAGCGGAAUAGGGACUCCUUCUGCUGAGCUGUUAGAAUCCCCUGUAACCAGCAUGGAUCAUCCAUUUCUAAAGGCAUUUCAGGGACCUUCUAGCUCUGCUCAGACCAUCUCGCAGAUAGCAGGUGGUUCCAGUGCCACAGCACAAGUUUCUCAUGAAAGGCGUUCAGAAGAAGAUGACAUGGCUUAUUUUGAAAAACGUUAUCAGGAGCGGCUGAAAAAGGAGAAGGCUGCUAAAGGAAAAGAGAAAAGUCUGGUGCCAUCAAAGAAGCCAUGAGUUUAAUGAAUAAAUAUUAACUACAUGGUUAAUCAUUUAUUACUUGUUGAUUACAUGUUAAUUACAUAUUAAUUGUUUAGUGAAGAAUAUUUUGUCACUGUACCUAUUUGUUUACUUCCUUCUUCCCUUCUUUAUUCAGUUCUGUUCUUUUAUCAAAAUUAAUUUUUAAUUAUCUUGUAAUAAAUUUGGUACUUUAAUCCAAGUGUUUCUAGUUGCUAGAAUUGCUAUAUAAGUAUUAAAGUUAUAUAAGUAUGGAAAAUCAUAUUUAGAGAUUUACAGAACUGUUACUGUCGGAGAGAAUAAGCGUGUUUUAAAGCAUUACAUUGCAGCAGGGCAAAGGAAGUAUUAUACAUCCUGUUCUUAGACUUUCAUGAUACACUUAUUUUAUAGAAUUGCUAGGACUCAUCUUGUUCCUGGAUUUGUACUCGGUUGUGUUUGUUUUAUUAAAGCUAACAUUUUAAUCGUUAAAUCA